AUGGCAGAAGACAUAGUGGUUUAUACUAUUACGACUAAAAACCCUGAGUCAUAUAAUUCUAUAACAACAAACUUACAAAGUCCUCAAGGACGAUAUUGUAAACUAACUUUAAACACAAUGACGACUAAAGCCUGUUUUGCUCUUUUGACACCAGAAGACUUUGUUGUUGUGAAUGGUAAAAAAUACUUCUUUGAAGAUACUUACUCAGAUAUACCACCAACAGGUUUUGUUGACUUAUUUAAUACUUUAAGGACGGAUGUAACAUGUGCUGCAACUAGAGCAGGUUUCAUUAUGUUUGGAUGUCCGACUGAGUUUAGUAUAAACGAUAUGAGCUAUAAUACAAAACUUAUAUCUGGUUUUUACUACCAACAGUUUCCUAUAACAGGAAAAGGUGUCAUACAAGGUUUGUCUGUUCCAUUGACUUUAAGUACACCUAUUUUAUAUAUUGUUUCAAACUUAGGUUCAAAGUGCUAUUCGAAUAUCGACAGAAACUACUAUGACCAAAAGAUACUCAUGCGUAUAAACAACACAUUCUCUGCUGGUUUGCCUAUUGUUCAUUCGAAUGCAGAGUUUUCAGCUUUAGUGAACUCAAACACUUUGGCAAACAUAAACUU